AUGGGCAUUCCGAUGUCCCAACUCAGUGAAAGCAACAUGCAGUUCCACGGAGUCAUCCCAGGGAAGAAGGCAAAGUCACUCGGACAGAUUGCUCUAGAUGUGGUUUUUGGUGAUUCCAAGAAUUUUCGCAAGGAAAAGUUGACGUUUGAGAUGCCCAGACCCAAAGGUGUGAUUACGGUCACUAGGAAUAGGCAGAGAGUAGAGGAAUGCCUCCAGAAAGGGUCCAAAAUUGCUGAUGAGCAGAUGGAAGUGGUGGAGUUGGAAGAGUACAAGAAGAACGCCGAUCCGAGUGAUUUGCUCCACGCAAAGAAGCCUGCUUCAGAGUCUGCUUUUCAGUCGGCGGGCGAGACAAAGCUAGUCAACAUUCACCCAGAUGAUCCCACAGCUGCUCCGACCCACAUCUCAACGACACUCGACAGCAAAUAG